AUUAGUUUUAAAAAACGGCUGCAUGUGUGUGCAGAUUUUGUGCUUGGUUAUUCGUUAUCUGGUGAUGGUACAGUAGCUCUGUUGUCAUCCGGCAGACGACCAACUUUGAAAAUACAGCCUUACAAUUUUAAUUCCGUUUUUUUUUUGGGUGUAUCAGAAAAGUAAAGCGGCACCAGUAGCCAGGCUGUUUGCAUUCAAACAGUUCAUACACAGCAGCUAGGUUAGCAAUGCUAACAGCUAGCUAAUUUUCAUAACGGUCCACAGCUAAGACAUUUUUUUGUAGAUCAAAUGCAAAAUCUCUUCCUUGUUGUGCUCCUUUGCGGGGAAAUUUAGAAUGCAAUUUUCAUAACAAACGCGUCUCUAAGAUUUGUCGACACGUUUAGUUUUGACUACAGAUCAAUAAAAGGUAAUGUUUAACAAGUGUGCAGGGGUUAGUUUUGAGUCUAGCGUUGAGCACUAGCAUGUAAACAAACUGCAGGAGAGACACCGGUUACACUUUCACUUCCCCACUGGCUGAGCCAAAUAUGCGUCAAAGAAACAGCUCGAUGGAAGGUCCAGAUGGCAGCCAGUUGUUUGAGGAUACAAGUGGAGCUGGACCCAGAACACAGUCAGGCUACAGGAACCAGCAGACAGAACCACAACAGGCAGGAUUUGCUGGCCAAUCCCUCCUCUCUGACCCCAUGUCUAACCUGGCUAUGGCAUAUGGCAGCUCCCUGGCAUCCCAGGGAAAGGAAAUGGUGGACAAGAAUCUGGACAGGUUCAUCCCAAUUUCCAAGCUUAAAUACUACUUUGCCGUGGAUACUGUGUAUGUAGGCAAGAAGCUGGGUCUUCUAGUCUUCCCCUACAUGCAUAAUAACUGGGAGGUGAGCUACCAGCAGGACACUCCUGUGGCUCCACGCUUUGACGUAAAUGCUCCAGAUCUUUAUAUUCCCGCAAUGAGCUUCAUCACAUACGUCCUGGUGGCCGGCGUGGCUCUUGGCACACAGAAUAGGUUUUCCCCAGAGCUGCUGGGAGUUCAGGCCAGCUCAGCGUUGGUGUGGCUGAUUAUGGAAGUCUUAGCAGUUCUGCUGUCACUCUACCUUGUUACUGUAAACACCGACCUCACAACCAUAGAUCUACUGGCAUUUUCUGGCUACAAAUAUGUUGGGAUGAUCGUAGGUUUAGUAGCAGGGCUCUUGUUUGGGAGGCCAGCGUAUUAUCUCUCUCUACUGUGGUGUUGCGCUGCCAUCUUUGUCUUUACAAUCCGCACUCUGCGCCUGAAGCUGUUAUCUGAGGCAGCAGCAGAAGGCAAACUGGUGAGAGGAACCAGAAACCAGCUGAGGAUGUACCUCACUAUGUCUAUAGCAGCAGCACAACCCAUCUUCAUGUAUUGGCUGACCUACCACCUCAUCAGAUAAAACCUGGUUUAGGCACCACCAACACUGUACACAAGUACACACACUCAGUCAUUUGUGUAGAAGAUGAACUUGGUUAUUCAAAUGCUAUCUCACCCCUUCAACACACAUAUCAGAAAAGGAGGACUUGGACGAAAUACACGAUUUGUCUGGAUAUUGCAUCACUUCCUUUGACAAGCCACACAUUCACCAGGUGAUCUCAAUGAGAUGUGAGGCUUACAUGCCUGUUCUCUCAGAGCACAGCCCGUUUAUUAGUGUUGCCUUUAUGUCUUUUUUAUGUAUGUCUUUAUAUAAUUUUGUAGCAAGAGCAGAUCGCUUCAAGUUGGUUUUCUACUGUAUAAUUAUUCGUCAAUUGCAAUUUUUAGGAAUAUUUAUGUAUUUGUCUCAAUAUCGAUAUCUGACAAGUGACGGUUCUGAGCAAAUCAAGCACACAAACCUCACAAGGAAAAAAAAAUCAAAUCCAAAUGUUUUAAAGUUGACCAGAAUGACUUUUCAGGUCCAAGUGUUGUUUCACGUCAGGAGACGAGCGUCAUCUGAGUGCUCUGUAAAUGUAAGUGGAGCAUCACCUCCAUUUUAUGUGAAUAUUUUGUAUGUGCUUUGAUACAUGAGCUUUGCUGCCACAGAAUUCUCGACUAGAAAUAUGAGCUGUUAAGCCGUGAUGAAAUGAAGGCAAUGAAAGAGAUUUUUGAUAUCCUUUUAAAAACGAAGUAAAUUAUUUACUGUUUUUCAUAUUGAAAGUCUGAUGGAAUAAAGAAAGAGAGGAGGCUGGAUGGUCUGUUCUGUAAAACCAUU